CUUUUCAUUCAUUCACAUGGCCUUUCUGCCUCUCAGUUUACCAAAACCCUAGUUUCAAAGCUUUACUCUUCAGAAAUGGCUUUCUGCAAAAAUCUCGGUGGUCUGUUGAGGCAAGGUGCGGUUUCUCAGACCGGGAAUGUUCCUGUUCAGUCUAUGCUCGGUUCUCUCCUGUACAUGUCAACCAAGCUCUUUGUCGGUGGUCUCUCAUGGGGGACUGAUGACCAGUCAUUGAGGGAGGCUUUCUCCAACUUCGUUGAAGUGAUCGAUUCUAAGGUCAUUGUUGAUAGGGAAACCGGAAGGUCAAGGGGAUUUGGAUUUGUCAAUUUCCCUGAUGAGAGUGCAGCUAAUGCCGCAAUCUCAGAGAUGGACGGAAAGGAACUGAAUGGGCGGAACAUCCGAGUGAAUGUUGCUAACGACAGACCAAGUGCUCCCCGGGCGUACGGUGGUGGCGGCUACGGUGGAGGUGGUGGUGAUGGAGGCGUUGACUAAACAGAGGAGCUUCUUGUGAUAAGAAGAAUUGAUCUUUCUGUUUUUUUUUAUUAUUAUUAUUUAAAUCGAGCUUGUGCUAGUAUAAAAUCUGAAUGGGAUUUGUUGAAACUCUAGUG